CCUCUUUGCUUCUCGCUUAUCUCCUCUGCUUGACCCUCUCUGUUCCUCUCUUGAAGCUCGCGCCUUCACGAGCACUUCCCAUUUUCUUCUUCCCCAGAAAAAAUUCAAAACAAUACACUGAAAAAAGUGAUUCAAAAAACCAAGCUUAUCCACCCUCAAACACCCACUUGAGGUGAUCCAAGUUUCUUUAAUCGUUUGCUUUUCAAGAAUCGAUUUUUACAUACCCAUCUGGAUAAAAAAAUGAAGAGAGAUCGUAAUCGUGAGAAGCCUGAGCUCUCUUCAGUGGCGCCGGUGACGGCAGGAAAGAUGAAGGUGUGGGGUGAAGAACAACCGGACGCCGGGAUGGAUGAGCUUCUGGCGGUUUUGGGUUACAAAGUCCGGUCGUCGGACAUGGCUGAUGUGGCUCAGAAGCUUGAGCAGCUUGAGAUGGUGAUGGGUACUGGCAUGGAUAAUGGAAUAUCGUAUCUUUCAACUGAUAAAGUUCAUUACAAUCCUUCUGAUCUUUCUGGGUGGGUUCAAAGCAUGUUGUCAGAGCUUAAUGGUUCUGUCUCAAACAAUUUUGAUUUGAUUCCAUACCAGACAGUCAUAGCCGCAGCUGAAUCUGAAGAUGGUGUGUUAAUUCGCGGCGACUCCUCAAGAAAUAUCAAUAUUAUUGAUUUUUCGAGUAAUAAACAGAGUGAUCAGAACACCAAGAUGUUCGACGAUGACCUGAGAGCAAUUCCUGGUUGUGCUCUGUUUCACAGAGAAGAAAAGGAGUCAGAGAGCCAUGGCGGAAUCAAAAGACUGAAACCCUCAGUAGGAUCUGAAUUUGGCGCCGUACCCAAUAUAGCCCCUGCAGAGUCAACGCGGCCGAUGGUGCUCGUUGACUCACAAGAAACCGGCGUCCGCCUUGUCCACACCUUGGUGGCGUGUGCUGAGGCGGUUCAACAAGACAACCUCAAGCAUGCCGACAAUCUGCUGAAGCACGUAGGAUUGUUGGCGGUGUCGCAAGGCGGCGCUAUGAGGAAAGUCGCGACCUAUUUCGCCGAAGCUCUGGCUCGGAGGAUUUACAAGAUUUACCCACAAGAGUCUCUCGAAUCGUCAUACUCUGAAAUGUUACAGAUGCAUUUCUAUGAGACUUGCCCAUAUCUCAAAUUCGCUCAUUUCACAGCAAAUCAAGCGAUUCUUGAAGCUUUUGCAGGAGCCACCAGAGUUCAUGUCAUCGAUUUUAGCUUGAAGCAAGGUAUGCAAUGGCCGGCGCUUAUGCAAGCGCUGGCCUUACGGCCUGGCGGACCUCCGGCGUUUCGGCUCACCGGAAUCGGCCCACCGCAGUCGGACAACACCGAUGCUCUACAACAAGUUGGGUGGAAGCUAGCACAAUUGGCCGAUACCAUUGGUGUUGAAUUUGAAUUCCGUGGCUUUGUUGCCAAUUCAUUGGCCGAUAUCGAUGCUUCCAUGCUUGAUAUUAGGCCGAGCUCCACCGAGGCGGUGGCGGUGAACUCAGUUUUCGAGCUUCAUCGGUUAUUUUCUCGGCCAGGAGCGAUUGAGAAAGUUUUGAAUUCGAUCAAAGCCAUGAGACCCAAAAUUGUGACAUUGGUCGAACAAGAAGCGAAUCACAAUGAGUCUCUGUUUCUGGACAGGUUUAACGAAGCUUUACAAUAUUAUUCCACCAUGUUUGACUCGUUGGAGAGUUCCGGGUUGAGUCAGACGAACAGUCAGGACUUGUUGAUGUCGGAGGUGUACUUGGGGCGGCAGAUUUGUAACGUUUUGGCUUGUGAAGGCGGUGAACGACUUGAGCGUCACGAGACGCUGAGUCAGUGGCGGAAUAGAAUGAACUCGGCUGGGUUUGACCCGGCUCAUCUGGGGUCUAACGCAUUUAAGCAGGCGAGUAUGUUGUUGGCUUUGUUCGCCGGAGGAGAUGGGUACAGAGUGGAGGAGAACGACGGGUGUCUCAUGCUGGGUUGGCACACUCGGCCUCUUAUCAUCACCUCCGCUUGGCAACUCAGCGGCGGCGGCGAGUCUUAAUGAGUCAACUCAGUUUGAGUUGUUGAAGUCAAUGCAUCGUGUCAACUCAGCACCCACUUGGAGUGCUUUGUUUGUUGAGUUGUUAAGUGAGAGACACUGAGAGAGACAGACCCAAAGGUGUCAAAUCCUGUCUUUUAUUUUCUACCUCUCUCUCUCUCUCUCUCUCUCUCUCUCUCUCUCUCUGAGCUUUUUUACUGUACUUUUUAAAAAUAUUGAAUGGUUGCAUCUUGGAAGACUUCUUUUUAUUUUACUUUUUAAUUUAAAUUUUGUUUUUGGUCACUUGGGUUCAUGUACUUUUUUUUUUUUUUACUUUCCCUCGUUUGCCUUUUUUUAUCCAGUCAAUUGUGGUCAAUGAUCCAGUACUAAUGUGUAUCUUACAUGACUUUGAAUAAGAGGUGAGAGUGAUGUUUUAGUUGGUGUAAUGUUGCCUCAAGUUUGAUUUGAUUAGCAUAAAAUUUCAGAAAGUGUUGUUGGG